AUGGACGGGCUGCCCUGCUGGGCGCUGCGGGCCGCCUGCCUCUUGCUGCUUGCGGCCGGCUGGCUGGGGCCGGAGGCCCGGGGCUCGCCCACGCCCCCGCCCGCGCCCGCCGCCCCGCCGCCGCCCCCGCCGCCCGGAGCCGCGGGCGGCCCCCCGGACACCUGCACGUCGUGCGGCGGCUUCCGGAGGCCCGAGGAGCUGGGCCGGGUGGACGGCGACUUCCUGGAGGCGGUGAAGCGGCACAUCCUGAGCCGCCUGCAGAUGCGGGGCCGGCCCAACAUCACGCACGCGGUGCCCAAGGCCGCCAUGGUCACGGCCCUGCGGAAGCUGCACGCGGGCAAGGUGCGCGAGGACGGCCGAGUGGAGAUCCCGCACCUCGACGGCCACGCCAGCCCGGGCGCCGAUGGCCAGGACCGAGUCUCCGAGAUCAUCAGCUUCGCCGAGACAGAUGGCCUCGCCUCCUCCCGCGUCCGCCUCUACUUCUUCAUCUCCAACGAAGGCAACCAGAACCUGUUCGUGGUGCAGGCCAGCCUGUGGCUGUACCUGAAGCUGCUGCCCUACGCCCUGGAGAAGGGCAGCCGGAGGAAGGUUCGGGUCAAGGUGUACUGCCAGGAGCAGGGCCACGGCGAGCGGUGGAACGUGGUGGAGAAGAAGGUGGACCUCAAGCGCAGCGGCUGGCACACCUUCCCGCUCACCGAGGCCAUCCAGGCCCUGUUCGAGCGCGGCGAGCGGCGCCUCAGCCUGGACGUGCAGUGCGACGGCUGCCAGGAGCUGGCCGUGGCGCCCGUGUUCGUGGACCCCAGCGAGGAGUCCCACCGGCCCUUCGUGGUGGUGCAGGCCCGGCUGGGGGACAGCCGGCACCGCAUUCGCAAGCGGGGCCUGGAGUGCGACGGCCGGACCAACCUCUGUUGCAGGCAACAGUUCUUCAUUGACUUCCGCCUCAUCGGCUGGAACGACUGGAUCAUUGCGCCAACCGGCUACUACGGGAACUACUGUGAGGGCAGCUGCCCAGCCUACCUGGCCGGGGUCCCGGGCUCAGCCUCCUCCUUCCACACGGCCGUGGUGAACCAGUACCGCAUGCGGGGCCUGAAUCCCGGCAUGGUGAACUCCUGCUGCAUCCCCACCAAGCUGAGCACCAUGUCCAUGCUCUACUUCGAUGACGAGUACAACAUCGUCAAGCGAGACGUGCCCAACAUGAUCGUGGAGGAGUGUGGCUGUGCCUGA